UAUUUAUAUUCAUUUCUCUUCCAAUGAAUUCCAUAGCUGCUUUACAGUUCUCUUUAGCUUGCUAGCUUAUAAUCAACCCACACAAUACCUGUACCCCUUACAUUCUACCAAGACAGAAUAAAAGAGAGAAAAAUAAGAUCUUAUAGUUGUUGAAGAAUUUAUCAAAUGGGUUCAACUUCAGGAAAUGGAAGUAAUGGUAGUAGUAGUUCUUAUGAUUUGUCAUUUAAGAUUUUAUUGAUAGGUGAUUCAGGUGUUGGUAAGAGUAGCCUCCUUGUUAGCUUCAUUUCUAAUGAUACUGCACCGGAGAACAAUCUUUCUCCUACAAUCGGUGUGGAUUUCAAGAUCAAGCAACUGACUGUUGGUGGGAAAAAAUUGAAGCUUACAAUUUGGGAUACUGCUGGACAAGAAAGGUUCAGGACGUUAACCAGCUCUUAUUACAGAAGUGCUCAAGGGAUAAUUCUUGUCUAUGAUGUUACACGACGAGAAUCGUUUACAAACUUGUCAGAUGUAUGGGCAAAGGAGGUAGAGCUCUACUCAACUAAUCAGGAUUGCAUCAAAAUGCUUGUUGGGAACAAAGUCGAUAGGGAUGUUGAAAGGGCAGUCACAAGAGAAGAAGGUGUUGCUCUUGCAAAUGAUUUGGGAUGCUUAUUUCUUGAAUGUAGUGCAAGAACUCGAGAAAAUGUGGAGAAGUGCUUCGAGGAACUUGCUUUGAAGAUUAUGGAUGUUCCAAGUUUGCUGGGCGAAGGAUCUAAUGCAGUUAAAAAGAAUAACAUUCUGAAACAAAAACAGGAAUAUCAAACGCCUCCAAGCAGCGGCUGUUGCUCUUAAGGGUGCCACAUAACAAACAGAGACACUUGAGAAAAACAAAGAUAUCAAGCCAGUUCCCAACCAGCAGGCAUGAUAGAAAAACCCCGAAUGAGAUAUGAUGUAAAUGUUUUUAAUUUUCUUUCAAAAUGUGGAUUUCUUAAAGAAUUUGUUUAGUAAUGCCAGUGAUUGCAUAACAUCAACUAGAUAAUGUAAAACAUACCAAUGCUACCUAAAUCCGCUAUACUUUUCUCUUUCAAGUUCA